AUGGGUGAGAGCUGCAGCGCUCGUGUCCUCCAGUGCAGCCUGCUUAACACAAUGCAGAACCUGGAACCGACCAUGCAGACACAUGCACAGGCAGCAGUGUGUGGUCAGAGGUCAUCCACAGUGCAGAACAUCACACAGCCUCGCUCCAGGAUCGUGGGUGGCUCUCCUGCACCUCCAGGCAGCUGGCCCUGGCUGGUCAACCUGCAGUUAGAUGGGGGCCUCAUGUGUGGAGGGGUCCUGGUGGACAGCUCCUGGGUGGUCACUGCUGCACAUUGUUUUACUGGCAGCCGCAGUGAGAGCUACUGGACAGCUGUAGUGGGCGAGUUUGACAUCACCAAGACUGACCCAGAUGAGCAGGUUCUUAAAGUGAACCGCAUUAUUCCGCAUCCUAAGUUUAACCCAAAGACAUUUAACAACGAUAUAGCCCUGGUGGAGCUGACGUCCCCUGUGGUGCUGUCUGAACACGUCACCCCGGUGUGCCUCCCCUCUGGCAUGGAGCCCCCCACUGGUAGCCCCUGUCUGGUGGCAGGCUGGGGGUCCCUCUAUGAAAACGGCCCAUCUGCUGAUGUGGUGAUGGAGGCCAAGGUGCCCCUGCUGCCUCAGAGCACCUGCAAAAGCGCCCUUGGCAAAGAACUGGUCACCAACACUAUGCUUUGUGCUGGCUAUCUCUCUGGAGGCAUCGACUCCUGUCAGGGAGAUUCUGGAGGCCCCCUAAUCUACCAGGACCGAAUUUCAGGUCGAUUCCAGCUCUACGGCAUCACCUCCUGGGGAGACGGCUGUGGAGAGAAAGGCAAGCCUGGAGUAUACACGAGGGUGUCCGCCUUCUCUGACUGGAUUCAAGCUGAGAUACAGAAGUCGUUUGGAAGCCGGGAGCCAACAUGUCCAGAGCUUCUAAAGACAACUGAAAUGACAGAGGAGGAGCAGAGGUCAGAGUUCAGCUCUCUCUGUCGCUUCUAUACGCUGACCUGUCCUCCUGGUCAGUCUGCCAGUGCCUGCAGUCGAAUGGCUGAGGAGAAAUGCCUUACCCGCUUCAAGAAAUGUCAGUUACGCUCGUUCCUGCAGACUCUGUUGGACCUGCUCCAGAGGGCCGAGGACUACAUCAGGGACAAAGUGGACCUAACUUUUUUCACCCAGACUCUGCCUCAGCUCGUGGAGCACAUCUACAGCACGGCUUUCGCUCACACCAGAGAGAAGAGAGACGUGGACCAGAGCCACGGUCUCGCACAGAUUAAAGAACAGCUAGGUGGAGCUGUGGUGCCAGCAGAGCAGAGUCCUUCUCCAGCUCCUCCAGCCUUGUUCAGAGAUGUGGGACCCUUGGUGGAUGACUGGGAGAAACACCUGAGAAACAUUGCUGACGAUAUGGAUAAACAACAAGCUGAUGCAUUCACAGACGUCUCUUCCACAGCAAAGAGGCAGGAGGACAACCUCUUCUUACAGACAGAGGACUCCUCGGUACAGCAGCUGGAGAGAGAAUAUCGAUCUGUUAUCUCCACUCUGCACUCUAAACUGGACUCCAGAGCUGCUCCUCCCAUCCUGCACUUAGACACAGCCUACCUCCAGGAGGAGUCUCUCAAAAAUCCAUCUGUUCUUUCUUCUUCCACCGAAACACCAGUCCCCACUAAUCCAUCCUCCUCGUCUCAUGAGCCUUGGUCACUUCUGACAGAUUUGAUAAAAGAAAUGCAAAAUUUGGGUACACAAGAUGGGAUGGUGGCAGCAGACGAAUCCCAAAGUGAAGCCUCCCCCAGCAGAGACGAUUCCAUUGAUAUCAAUUGGAGCCCCACCUCAGAGGAUUUUACGUUUGUUGAGAGUGGAGAGUUAAAAUCUUCCGCGUUACCACUCCCAGAACUGUCAACAACCGUCGUCCAGCCAGUCACCGAGAGUGUUCACACAGAAACUGCUGAGCCCAGACAGACUGUGCAUGCCGGCAAGCCUUUAAGUCUUCACAGAAAAUACAGGAGCCUUCUUCGCAAGAGGCAGAUACCUGGUGCCAGUGGGAAAGUUUGUCCCGGAGUGAGAGAAACUUCACAGCAAGUCAACCAAGUCAGAGACUCUUACAGCUGGGUUUUAAACAUCCCAAGCAAGAAUUUACGUAUGAACUUCCAAGAGGUGUUAGUUGAUCUGAGCUCCAAGAACGAUCGAGGGCUUUACCAGGCUCGGGUCAGAGCUGUAGUCGGAGGACGACCUUUGACCUUCUACAGCCUGGUGGGCCUGGAGAAUGAAUCCUUCUACCGCAGCGUGCCGAGGAUCAUUGCUUUGGCACUGGAGGCCCUCAAGUCCUAA